AAUUUUCCGGGUCAUUCCUAAGCUAUAGUGAGAGCCUGACCCAUUUCCGUCCUUUUAUCAUUUUGGUUCGAAAAAACGACCGAUAAGUAGUAGUCUCUCGUGUUGCUGGUUUGAUCUCGAGCUCCAAAAGGGAGAAGAAGAAGACAAUAACCAAAAUAAGAAAUCAAAUUGCGCAAAAAUGAGGCGGCAGGUACAGUAUGCUGAUCCUGGUGCCAAUGCAUAUGCUGGUGCUCAGAUGCAGCGUAUUUCUGCUCAGAGGAUGGAAAACAGGUCUGAUACUGAUCAUUUCCAAGGACGACUAGAGGCCUUCACUCCUGAGAGAGAGCGCCCAUAUGCAACUUUAAAAGCAGAAGGACAAUGGAGAUGGGAAAGAGAUGAAUCAAAAGUUUCAAAUCCGAUGGCAUCACAAAGUUUCAGUGAAGGUCAAGGGGUUGAUGCAUCAAGAUCCUAUUUUCAGGGAAAGGGGCCAGGGCCAGGACCAGAGCCAAAACUAGCAUUAGAGAAGCAAGGCGUUAAUGAUCCUAGAUUUGGACCACAUGAAGGAGACAUGCAAAAUGGCUUUGAAGAAAAACCUUUGUUGCAGACUUUUGAAGGAAUUGAGCAGAAAUUCCUUGAUGACAUUGUAAAACUAGCCAAGGAACAGAAUGACACUGAGGAUGCAGAAAAUGCCAGACACAGAGAGAAGUUAAAUGCGAUAAAUAAUCAGUAUCAAGAACAACUAGCAGCAUUGCGAGCCCGACAUGCCAGCCGUAGAGGUGAGUUCCUCCGCAAGGAGUCACAUGCACGACAACAACAAUAUCAACAAAACAUGGUGGACCGUUAUCCCAGCAGUGGCAUGGGCCCUGGUGAUCCUCAUGGUUACAGUGGAGUUGCAUCCUCAGCUGUUAUCAAUGAAGCUCACCGAGCCUAUAACACUGAUAAUUUUGAAUCAUACAGGGAACGGGCUCGAUUUCUUGGGGGUUCCAGGGAUCAAGGAUUUGAGACUAGAAGUCCAUAUCAUGGGGGCCGUGUUUACGACACUGGCACACGCUACUACUAGUAGAUGUGGUUAGUUUAGUUUUACUUAGCUGCUACUCCCGCUUUGCUGUUUUCUAGUAAUGCUUCCCCUCGCUUAUGCAUGAAAUCCUAGGAAAGGCUUUAUUUCAAUUUUAUGUUACGACCUAAAUUUUUAAGACUUUUAAUUAUAGUCUAUGCUUGUGUCUCCGCAUGAAAUUGAUUUUACUCAAUUUAUAAGUAUCAAAAGCAGAUAUGGCCUUCAGAGUUGGAUUA